AGGGUGGCAGGCUCUGCUCUCACUUUGGGAGACGCCACUUGCUGGCAGAGCCAGAAGCAGCAGCAGCCUCUUUCCAUGGAUCCACAGCAAAUGGCCCAUACGGGCCCUCGGAAGAAGAGAGCCAGACAGAUGGGCGCAUCGAUGGCUGCCACUCCUCAGGACAUCAAGUUUCAGGAUUUGGUCCUCUUCAUUUUGGAGAAGAAAAUGGGAACCACCCGCAGGGGCUUCCUAAUGGAGUUGGCCAGAAGGAAAGGGUUCAGGGUUGAAAACGAGCUCAGUGAUUCCGUCACCCACAUUGUGGCAGAAAACAACUCUGCUUCUGAUGUUCUGGACUGGCUUCAGGUACAGAAAAUAAAAGCCAGCUCACAGCUAGAACUCCUCGAUGUCUCCUGGCUGAUAGAAUGCAUAGGAGCAGGAAAACCAGUGGAGAUAACAGGAAAACACCAGCUUGUUGUGACAGAAGACUAUUCAGCCAGCCUCAGUCCAAGUCCUCAGAAGACUCCGCCACCUGCCGUAAAGAUCUCACAAUAUGCGUGUCAGAGAAGAACCACUUUAAACAACCAUAACCACAUAUUCACGGAUGCCUUUGAGAUACUGGCUGAAAAUUGUGAGUUUAGAGAAAAUGAAGGGUCUUAUGUGGUAUUUAUGAGAGCGGCUUCUGUGCUGAAAUCUCUUCCGUUCACAAUUAUCAGUAUGAAGGACACAGAAGGAAUUCCCUGCCUGGUGGACAGGACAAAGUGUGUCAUAGAGGAUAUUAUUGAAGAUGGAGAAAGUUCUGAAGUUAAAGCUGUGCUAAAUGAUGAACGAUAUAAAUGCUUCAAACUCUUCACUUCUGUAUUUGGAGUGGGAUUAAAGACAUCUGAGAAAUGGUUCAGGAUGGGUUUCAAAACUCUGAGUAAAAUAAGGACAGACAAAACCCUGAAAUUUACACAAAUGCAGGAAGCAGGAUUCCUCUACUAUGAAGACCUUGUCAGCUGUGUGACCAAGGCUGAAGCAGAUGCGGUCAGCGUGCUGGUUCAAGAGGCAGUGUGGGCGUUUCUGCCGAAUGCCUUUGUCACCAUGACAGGAGGGUUCCGGAGGGGUAAGAAGAUUGGGCAUGAUGUCGAUUUUUUAAUUACCAGCCCGGGAUCAACAGAGGAGGAAGAGCAACAACUUUUACAUAAAGUGGUAAACUUGUGGAAAAGGGAGGGACUGCUUUUAUACAGUGACCUUAUUGAGUCCACAUUUGAAAAGCUCAAGAAGCCUAGCAGCAAGGUGGAUGCUUUAGAUCAUUUCCAGAAAUGCUUUCUGAUUUUAAAAUUGCAUCAUCAGAAGGUGGACAGUGGCAAGUCCAGCCAGCUGCAAGGAAAGACCUGGAAGGCCAUCCGUGUGGACCUGGUCAUGUGCCCCUAUGAGUGCCACGCCUUUGCCCUGCUGGGCUGGACCGGCUCCCGGCAAUUUGAGAGGGACAUCCGGCGCUACGCCACGCACGAGCGGAAGAUGAUACUGGACAACCAUGCUCUAUAUGACAAGACCAAGAGGGUAUUUCUUAAAGCAGACAGUGAAGAAGAAAUUUUUGCACAUCUGGGACUGGAUUACAUUGAACCAUGGGAAAGAAAUGCCUAG